AUGUCGGCCGAACCGGGCACUAGCGAGGUGCGGUCGCAGCACCGCUUCGACCAGGGGAGCUUGGAGCGGUACCUGUGCAGCCGGCUGCCCGGCUUCCCUCCGCAGCCCGCGGGGACCCUGGUUGUCAGGCAGUACAGCUCAGGGCAAUCAAAUCCAACCUUUUACCUUCAGAAGGGUGGGCGGGCUUAUGUGCUCAGGAAGAAGCCCCAUGGCCCCCUUCUACCUAGAGCUCACAAGGUCGACAGGGAGUAUCGUGUGCAGAAAGCCUUGUUUGCAGCUGGGUUUCCUGUGCCUGAGCCACUGUUGUACUGCAGUGAUGCCUCUGUUAUUGGAACAGAGUUUUAUGUCAUGCAGCAUGUGCAGGGUCGCAUCUUCCGAGACUUGUCAAUGCCUGAAGUGGGCACAGCAGAGCGCUCAGCUUUGUACAUUGCAAUGAUAGAAACUUUGGCCUUGCUGCAUUCCUUUGAUGUACAGUCUCUGGGUCUCCAAGGAUAUGGUAGAGGACCAGGAUACUGCAGGAGACAGGUAUCAACAUGGAGAAGACAGUAUGAGGCAGCUGCUCAGACAGACAUUCCUGCCAUGAACAAUCUGGCUGAAUGGCUGGCAAACAACUUGCCAUUUGAUGAUAAUGAAGAAAAACUGAUUCAUGGGGACUUCAGAAUAGAUAACAUCAUCUUCCAUCCAACAGAGGCUCGUGUCUUGGCAGUUCUGGACUGGGAGCUUUCAACUACUGGCCAUCCACUAGCAGAUUUGGCCUAUGCCACUCUCUUCCACUUCUGGCCUCCAGCUAUUAGGGACCUGGGUCAAGGAACUUUAUUGGGUUUCAAAGGCACCAUAGACAUUCCCUCAUUUGACGAGCUGGUUUUUGUGUACUGCCGUUGCCGGGGUAUCAGCACUGCCUUACCCAACAUCAAUUUUUUCCUUGCUUUGUCUUACUUUAAGUUGGCAGCAAUAUCUCAGGGUGUAUAUGCUAGAUACCUCAUUGGAAAUGCUUCUGCAGAGAAUAGUCAUGCAUUUGCUAAAGUUGUGGAGCCUUUGGCAAAGAGAGGUUUAGAGCUCUCAAAAAGGUCAUCUUUCAGCAGCACACAUCACAGCACUUCUGGAGAGCUGUUCCAUCAAAGCAGUAAAGGCCAGGAAACGUUGCUGAAAGUCAAGCAGUUCAUGAAGCAGCACAUAUAUCCAGCUGAGAAGGAAAUAAUAGAAUACUAUGCUGGACAUGGAAAUGUAGAGGAAAAAUGGAAGAAACCACCUCUGCUUGAGAGACUGAAGGAAAUGGCCAAAGCAGAAGGUCUGUGGAACCUUUUUCUCCCAGAUGUCAGUGGUCUCAGCCAGCUUGACUAUGCGCUAAUAGCUGAGGAGACUGGGAAGUGCUUCUUUGCUCCUGAGGUUUUCAACUGUCAUGCACCAGACACAGGAAACAUGGAGGUCCUGCACAUGUAUGGCACUGAAGAGCAAAAGAAGAAGUGGCUGGAGCCUCUCCUAGAAGGGAAGAUUAGUUCUUGCUUCUGCAUGACAGAGCCGGAUGUGGCUUCAAGUGAUGCUACCAAUAUGCAAUGCAGCAUUGAGCGAGAUGGAGACAGUUAUGUGAUCAAUGGCAAGAAGUGGUGGAGCAGUGGUGCUGGCAACCCAAAUUGCAAAGUUGCCAUUGUAAUGGGCAGAACCACAAACUCCUCAGCAUCCAGGUACAAGCAGCACAGCAUGAUUAUUGUUCCCAUGGACACGCCAGGGGUGAGGCUGAUCAGACCCCUCUCAGUGUUUGGCUACCUGGAUGAGAUCCAUGGAGGACACUUCGAGAUACACUUCUGUGACGUGCGUGUGCCUGUCUCCAGCAUCAUCCUGGGUGAGGGCAGAGGGUUUGAGAUAGCCCAAGGUAGGCUUGGGCCCGGCCGGAUCCACCACUGCAUGAGGUCCCUCGGUGCAGCUGAAGUCGCCCUGCAGCUCCUGUGCCAGCGUGCAGCGCAGAGACAGACGUUUGGCAAGAAGCUGUACCAGCAUGAGGUGAUUGCUCACUGGAUUGCUGAAUGCCGCCUCAGCAUCAACCAGGCUCGACUGCUCACCCUGCACACAGCCAGCAAGAUCGAUGCCUUGGGCAACAGGAAAGCAAGGAAAGAGGUAGCCAUGACCAAAGUGGUUGUUCCUCGAGCUGUGGUCAAGGUGAUUGACACUGCAAUCCAAGUGUAUGGUGCAGCUGGCGUUUCCCAGGAUUCCCCUCUGGCUUUCAUGUUUGCCUACCUGCGGACACUGCGGCUGGCGGACGGGCCGGACGAAGUGCAUCUGUCCACCAUUGCCAGGUGGGAGCUGCUUGACCAGGCCAAGCACCUAACUGCAAAGAUCUAGGGGCAGCAGAAUGCCAGCUCCAGGGACUGAGAACCUGAGCCAAGGUUCUACUCAGUGACACUCUCCAAGGAAUGCUGGAGGGAUUCAAAGCCUUGAUCCUAGCUUGAAGCAAUGCACCUUCACUUGUAAUUCUGAUACUGGAGCAGGAGCUGGCAGAACACCCUGCAGACAGUGUCUGGGUUCUAACACUAAAUUAAAUCU